AUGCUUUUGGAGGAAAUAUCAGCGCUCAAACUCGAAUUGGAAACAAUUCGUACUGAUAAGCAGCAGGCAUUCCAAGAUUUUGAUGCAAACUUGCGUAACGAUGCUGUGGACUUCGAACUCAGCGAAGCAUCUCAUCAUCAAUCAACCUCAUCAGGAAGCGGAUCGUUGCUAGCGACUAUGAGCAAUAUGUCUCUUAGCUCGCUGAAUAUUCCGGAGUGCAAGCCGUCAGAAGGCGAGACAGACAUCGAUAAAAAAGCCUAUGAACACUGGAAGAAGAUUCUGAGCGCAUCGUUCAAUCUAGUCCACGCCACCGACGAGCAAGCCAAAAUGGACAUUUUUCGGAUCAAGGCUGGUCCGAAGUUGCUAGAGGUCAUGCAAGGAACAUCUUCAACCGCCGAAAUGCCUGAUCCUCGGAACAAGCCGUUUUCAAAUGCGUUAGCACGAUUGGACAACUACUACGGGUCACGCACCUACAUUAUUGGGCAACGUGGAAAGCUCAUGAACAUGGUGCAGCAAAGCGGAGAAUCCAGCGUUUCAUUUGUACGACGAGUGUCAGCAUCCGCUAAAUUGUGUGGCUACAAGACCGAAGAGGAGAUGGAAGCCGUAGUACGGACUAUCGUCAAAGGGACCAUUGACAGCCGGGUCCGGGUCUUAGCGCACAGAAACUGGGUUAACCAAGGAGACGUGAACAGCCUCAUUGCUUUAGUCCAUGACCGGGAAAUGGAGAUAUUGAACGAAGAAGAAUAUCAAAAGGUUAAUCGCCAGAACACCGUCACAAUUGCAGCGGUAACACAAUCAGCAGAUUCACGGGCACAAUUUCGUAGAGGCACAGGCUCAGGAUACAGAGGAAUCCAACGAGGUAGAGGUGCAUUCCAUCGUGGAUGA